AUUAUCAAAUAAAUAAACUAUGACGACAAACUAAUUAUGACGAUAUUUACGUCCUACUAUGAAUGAAUCAAGAUCUAUACACACGGAAAAUACUCAAACAUAAUUUAAGAAAUAAUAUCAUGUAUAUAAUUUAAUAUUAGGCAUGUAAUCUUCAAAUCAUCAUAAUAUCAGAAAACCUGAAAUUAAUUAUCACAAUAUAUUAUCUAGUCAUUGAUAUAUGUAAAACAGUGAUUAUAAAACUUUAAAUGGCAUCUGAAGAUCCUAAAUCUCUUUUAAAUAUAAAUAAAAAACUUGAUAAUCCAGAAAUAAGAAGGGAAAAUGAUCAAAUUUUAAAAAUGCAUGAUGAAGAGGGCAUUAGAAGAAGAGAAGCUUUGGCACGUAGACCCUCCUACAGAAAAAUUUUGAACGAUUUAUCAUCGGCAACGACUGAAUUACCUUUGACCUUUCCAAAAUCACAAUCCUCCGAAACAUUUUUGAAACCUAUGGAUCCUCCUUCCUCUCAUUCUCAUAUUUCCUCUUUUCCCUUAUCUCAAAACCAAAGCUCGCUCAUACCCUUGAAAUUCGCUUUAGCCCCCAAUUUUUCCAUCGUUGAAGCCCCCCAAAACUCUUCUUUGAUUUUGGGGGGAGAUUAUCACCCCUCCAUACAAACCCUUCUUCAGCAACAUCAACAACAAAUGCAGCUUCAGCACCACCAACAACAGCAACAGCUGUUUAGAGCAGCUUACCAGAAAAUGCUAGGAGGCGCUUCGGAUCAUCAGCCUUUAUCCUUCGCCGCAGAUCUGACCAACCUUUCCAACCUCCCUUAUUUGUCAACACUAUCAAAUUUACCUAACCAACAGGCUUCCGCUAUCGUCCUACCUAUAUCGUCUCUCCUUGCUUUAGGUUCCUUUCAAAAUAACAGUUUACAACAAAACAUGCAGAACGUACCCAUAGUUCAAAAUUCGCCUCGCGACAUUCAGUAUUUACUAGACAAGCAGAAUAUUAGUUCGCCGAACCUACAAAAUAUGGACUCUACCCUAAGCCAAACGAUGAUAUUUUCCACUCACCAAGAACCCAAUUUACUUAAAAAUGAUAAGAUUAAAGGAAAGCAGAGCGUUGCUAAUACAAAACUUGGCGAUAAUAUCACACUAUUUAAUUCUAAAAAUGCUGAUAACAACGAGCCUCAUAAGUCAACAUCGGGGGAGAUAAAAGUUAUUAAAUCGAGUCUCUCCUCAAAUAUCCUUACUACUAUUAGCAAUACCCUUUUCGAUACGAAUUCGGAAAAAGGCGAUAUUAUCAAGAAAGAGCAUGCAACAUCAUUGCUUUCUCCCCCGAGCCAUAACGAUAACGGUUCAGAUAGAAAUGAUUCAUCUGUCAAUUCCCCUCAUUCUCUUUCAUCCCUGUCUCCAAACGCUACAUUUAGUUCCAAAUCCUCAAAUCAAAGCGAAUCAGAUCGUCUUCCUAGGAUAGGUCUCGAUGCUGAUAACGCUAUGUUUAGACGGCACAACAUCCCAAGUCCUACUGAUCAUGGCAAUAACAAUCUUUACCCACCCACUAGUUCUCUCCCCCUAUCUUCGACCGUCGCCGUAAAUUGUAUGACUAUCCCAAAAUCUGAAAGUUUUUUUAACGAUUACCAUCAAACACUUACUUCCUCUCAACUAUUAAGGUCCGCUCCCUUGCAGUUAUCAUCUGAGACUCAUGGUAACAAUAGCAAUAUUACCAAUACGACAGCAUUAGGAUUAGCCUGUGGGCCCAAUCAGCCACCUUCAUUUAUCAGGAUUCCGCUCAACGAAGCUUAUUACCAGCAAAUGAAUACCAGCAAUAUUCAAUCACAGAAUCUUCCUAACAUGAACCCGACCAAUAUAAAUAACAAUCUAGUAAAUUCUACCAACAUUCAUGUACAUCCGCAACAUCCAGUCAUAGAAGAGGCUGCACGAAAGAGAGAAGUUCGACUACUCAAAAAUAGAGAGGCAGCAAAAGAAUGUAGACGCAAAAAGAAAGAAUACGUAAAAUGCUUAGAAAACAGGGUUGUGGUCUUGGAAAACCAAAACAAGGCUCUUAUCGAUGAGCUGAAAUCGCUCAAGGAAUUGUAUUGCCAAAAACAAGAAUAGAGGGCUGCGAAAACUUUUUAUCAAACAAUUAUAUUCGAAUAAUUUUAAUUGAUAGGAAACAAAUAAUUUGCUAUGUACAUAAAUUUUUUUACGACCUAUAUAAUAAUUAAUAAAAUAUCCUUUUUUAGGAAAAGUUUAUUUGACACAGAAGUUUGAUUAUUAAGGAUUUUAAUUUGAAUUUGAAAUGCAAAAUAUAUUAAUUCAAUUUUAUUAUUAGUCCAGCUUGAUUUGAUUUUCGACAGUUCCAUUAUAUUUUUAAAUUAAUUUAUCUGUUCAAAAUGUAAAUAUGUCGUAAUUUAUAUAAAGUUAGUUUUUAGUAUCAUCCAUCCAAAUAUGUAAAUUACAAUGUUGUAUUUAAUUAUAUUAUUAAUUAUGUAUUAGGUUUUUAAUCAUCCAAAUAUUUAUUGUUUACAAAAAAAUGUUUUAUACCGGCCUAUCUGCUCAAAAAAAACACUAUUUUAUGAAUUUAUUUUCUUAGUUCAAUAAAUUUUUUGCGAUAAAAUUAUAAAAAAAAAACAUUCUAAUCAUCGGUACUUUUAAAUAUUAUUUUGUCAAUAUUUUUAAAGUAUACUUAUAAAAAACAUUCACGCUAUAUUAUUUUGUCUAUACUUUUU